AGGGGAUCAAAUACUUAUUUCCCCCACUGUAUAUAUUACCAGUCUUCCAUUUGCAUUGGUAUUACUGCUUCUAUUCUAUUCUAUUCUAUUCUAUAUGUUUAAUUUCUAAAGAAUUAGGUCUUUUAGAUAUUGUAAAGACAUCUGACGGUAAAUGAUUGAUGGUUAAAAGUCUCCCUUUAAGGUUUUUUUCUUGAUUUGUCCAUAUUUGAAAAAUAAAAUCUACUGAAAGAAACUGAAAGCCACACCUACCUAUAGGCAUUAUAGAAGUAACAAGUUGUGAGGUUUCAUUUAGAACAUUUUAAAGCCAAGGAUUGGCUACAAGGUAAGCUUCUAUGAAACCAGUGACCUCAUUUUAUUAUGUAAUGUUUUACUCAUCAAAUUUAGUGUAAUCUUGCUAUAUGCCAUAAACGUGUGCACUGGAGUCUGUCAUCGUCAUGCCCACGUGAACAAAUGAUGUUUAAUGUUUAAUGAAGAAGCUGACUAUAAGAAUCAACCCGCAGGUCUGGCAGCGAUACCAUCACCGAGGGAAGGAGCAGGUGGCAUGGAUGUAAGGAUGCCCUGGUGCAUGACUAAUCUGGACUGAAUGCACAGUUUAAGUUUGCAAGAUGUUGGCUGGAAGUUGAGAGUCUUGUUGAAAUGACGGCGGGCUAAAGAUUUGUGACUUUUCUUUCUCAGUGACGUUCUGUCAGGAUGGAAGAAGCUGAAGAUGGCAUUGCUGUGGUGGGGAUUGGAUGCAAUUUUCCAGGAGGUGAAGGGCUGGAAAAUUUCUGGAAGGUCCUGGUGGACGGGAGAAACUGUUCUGUGCCGAUUCCCAAAGAGAGAUUUGAUCUAGCCAGCUGGUAUGAUCCAGAUGAAAGCAAAGCCGGCAAAACCCGCACAACCAAGGCCGCACUCAUUGAUGGGUUCAAUGAAUUCGACCACAGGUUUUUUGGCAUCAGUGACAGCGAGGUGGAACAAAUGGACCCUCAACAGAAACAGCUCCUUCAGUGUGUCUAUAGGGCUUUAGAGAACGCUGGACUUCCUAUGGAGAAAGCCAGUGGCACCAGGACAGGAGUGUUCUUUGGCAUAAUGAACAGAGACUAUGAAACAAAUGCGGCCCACGUUCACCCAAGUGUGAUCAACCACUGGUCUGGCACGGGGCUCGCCAUGAGUAUCGCAGCAAACAGAGUCUCCUACAUCUUCAACUUCACUGGACCAUCGCUGUCUAUAGACUGUGCCUGUUCAUCCUCUCUUGUCGCUCUUCAUCUUGCCUGUCAGUCCAUUAAACAAGGAGACUGUGACAUGGCUGUUUGUGGAGGAGUUAGCUGCAUCAUUGAGCCAAGAAUCUUUGUGGCACUCAGCAAGGCUAAGAUGAUCUCACCUGAAGGGACCAGCAGACCAUUCUCUAGCACCGCAGAUGGCUACGGUAGAGGAGAAGGGUGUGGAGUUGUUCUCCUAAAGCCACUAAAAAAGGCUCUUCAAGAUCAGGACCAUAUCUGGGGCAUCAUCAGCAAAACCGGGGUCAACCAGGAUGGACACUCAGUCUCUCCAAUCACCAAACCCUCCAUGACACAACAAGAGGAGCUAUUGCGCAGACUCUACUCAGAGUCCGACCUUCUAAAUGUCCAGUACAUUGAAGCACAUGGGACUGGAACCCCUGUUGGAGACCCAACGGAGGCAGGAAGCAUCUCAAACGUCAUUGCUAAACCCAGACCUCCUGGGUCAGAAACACUCUGGAUUGGCUCUGUGAAGAGCAACAUCGGACACACAGAAUCUGCCGCCGGAGUGGCCGGACUCAUUAAGGUUCUCCUGAUGAUGAAGCAUAAAACGAUUGUACCCUCGGUUUUCUAUUCUGAUCGCACCUCCAGUGUAGAUACCAAAGCCCUGAACAUUAAAAUUCCACAAAAAACAGAAAAGUGGGAAACCUGUGGUCCAAGACUUGCAGGAGUGAACAACUUUGGCUUUGGGGGAACAAACGCACAUGCCAUUGUCAAGCAGCACAUACAGUCAUGUGCUGAUCAAAAAAGUUAUAAAAGGAAAGUAAAGUAUUUUGUCAUGUCAGCAAAUUCUCCUAAAUCUCUCACUAUGAUGAUGGAAGACACCAUUAAUCAGCUAGAGGUACAUGACAAAGUUGAUCUAGAUUCUCUGUUAUACACAUCAGCCUGCAGAAGAAGCCAUCAAAAACACAAAUUCAGAAAAGCCAUUGUGGUGUCAUCUGAAGCUGACCUUAAAGAGAAACUAAAUGCCACUGUGGGCAAAAACAUCAGCUCAGCCUACUCAGAUCCAAGGUUAGUUUUUGUCUUCUGUGGAAAUGGCGUCACUUACCACGGCAUGUGUAAGCAGCUUCUAAAACAUGAACCUGUGUUCAGAGAAAAGAUCCAAGAGAUUGCACAGCUUUUCCUAAAUCUGUGUACUCUGAACAUCCUGGAUCGACUUGAGAGUGAGUUUGAGAGUAGUGACUUUAAAAGCCCAGAUGUUGUCCAGCCACUACUCUUUGCUAUCCAGGUUGGGAUUACAGCCUUACUCAGGCACUGGGGCGUCAAGCCUGACGCAAUUCUUGGACACUCUGUUGGAGAGGUUGCAGCCGCCCACUGUUCUGGCCUCCUGUCUCUUGAGAAUGCUGUGAAAGUCAUAUAUUAUCGCAGCACUCUACAGAGCAAAGUCACGGGUGGGAAGAUGCUUGUGAUUAGCAACAUGGCUGUGUCAGAGGUAACAUCUCUGCUCCCUCUUUAUUCUGGCAGAGUUUGCCUGGCUGCUUUUAACAGCCCGCAGUCCUGCACCCUCUCAGGUGAUGCAGAUGCAAUCGAGUGCCUUCAUACAGAGCUAAGUAAUUCAGCUAACAGUCAGAAUCUGUUCCUCCGAGUGCUGGAGGUCCCUGCUGCUUAUCACAGUCACAUGAUGGACCCAAUUCUGUCUGAAAUUGAGGAGACAAUUGGAUCCUUACAAGCAAAUAAUCUGGACACGGAGUUGUUUUCAACAGUGACAGGCAAAGAAGUCCAGCAGGGAGAUUUCUGCACAGGCAAAUACUGGGCUAGAAAUAUUCGUGAGCCAGUUGCUUUCGAGCAAGCAGUGAGGUCAGCAGCCAAAGGAAAAAAGAACACAGUCUUUGUAGAGAUUGGGCCAAGGAGAGCACUUCAGAGGAACAUCAUGGAAUCUUUGGGAAAUGACACAGCAGUUCUUGCCUCAGUGCAGCCAGAGAAAGAUCAUGAGUCAGUCAUGUGCGUCAUUUCCAAACUGUUCGAACUGGGGGUUCAGAUAGAUUGGAACACCUUCUAUAGAGGGUACGAGACAAUCCCACUGCCUCUCCCAAAAUACCAGUUUGAUUGCUCAGACAAGGAUGUUAUUAUUGGAGCAGCACAGAAAAACGGAGCCAGUAAUCAUCCUGUGCUGUGUCAGACAGGAAGUGACAGCAACAUCUUCAGGUGUGAUCUGAUGUCGGACUCUUCUUUCUCCUUGAAAGAGCACAAGCACAAUGGUAUCCCCAUCGUCCCUGGUGCCUUCUAUGCUGAGUUGGGUUUAGCUGCCUUCAUGGCCAGCGCUAAACCAAAAGUGCCUCUCAACUCACUACAGCUGAGUGUCAGUUUUCACAACCCAUUUGUUUUAACCCAGAAUUUGCCCGAAAUGAAGGUGCAGCUACAACAAAUGGAAAAUCAAAUUAGUUUCACCGUAUUUUCCGCAUCUGCAAUGUAUGCAUCGGGCAACGUGGUUUCAAAGAGUGAGAGGCUGAUUGAGGAGCAGUGCAUUUCACUUAGCUCCAUUUACAAACGAUGCACAUCUGUGAUCAGCUCUCAACAGUUCUAUCUGUACCUCUCUCAAGGGGGCUUUCAGUAUGGAGACGUCUUUCAGAAUAAGCAGGAUGUGUACUAUGGGGAAGAACUGAAGGAGGCUUAUUCAGCUGUCUCAGUUCCAGAAGAACUUAGGCCUCACUUGCAUGACUACUACAUCCACCCUGUUGUGUUGGAUUAUCUGAUGCAGCUUCUCCCAGUUACGGUGGAGCACUCCUUUGCAGGUAGGCCAGGAUUUCCCGCCAAAAUAGGAAGCCUGACAGUGUUUGAACCCUUGCAAAAUGAGAUGAUUGUCUAUUUGAGAGCAACUGAUGUGGGUGUUGAUCACUUUGAGGUUUGUGGUUGCUUUGCAGAUAAGGAAGGCAGAGUGUUGGUUGAGGUUAAGCAUGUGAUAAUCAAGUACCUCGGCAGUCGCUUUCAAGUGGUUGAGGAGUACUUCUAUCAUAAUUCCUUUAGUGUCAUCCCCCAAGAUUUCACUCCUGCUCCUCCACCAAAGGCCUUGGUCUUCUGUGACCGCAUAGGUAUCUCUAAAGGUCUGCAACAACAUUUGGACCCAGACUCUAGGUAUGUUUCCUAUAGUUAUGCAAAAGACAUCUUGAGUCAUGGGUUUCCUUCUCUCUUGGCAAAUCUCAGUAUCACGGGUAUCGAGAAAAACUUUGAUGAGGUCUUGUUUUUGUGGGGCAAGGAAGACCUAACAUUGUUGACGGCUGAUGUUAUCUUGCAGCAUUUGGCGAGCUGCUGUGAGAUUUUUCGCCAAAUAGUCCUCGAGCUGAAGCAAAUUCACUUCCCAAACUCCAUAAGAGCGGUAACCUACUGCUCAUCUGACAUCACAGUUGACCAUGUAAGUCCUGGUUUCGCUCUUGCAGGUAUGACAAGAUCAUUCGCUGCUGAGAUACCAGAUCUUUCUUUUCAGCUGAUUGAUAUAAGCACUGUCUCUGCUAAGGACAUCGCAGCUCUCUCUGCAGUUCUAAGAUCAUAUCCUUGCAGCAAAUACCCCGAGUUGGUGGUAAAGGAUGGUCUGGUUCUGAAACCCUCCAUUGUCCGAACACAACCAGAAACCCCCGACAGUUCGGAGAGCAGCUGUUACUCUGCAGCGUCUAAACCUUGUAUCUUUCAGACGGCUGAUCCACAUGAGAUGCUUCACCUCAGUGCCAUUCCCUUUGCUGGUGAGGCCGAGCCACUUAGUGACAUGUCAGUAGAAAUACAACCCAGUAAUAUAUGCGUUCAUUCAUCUGAUUUCUUCCCUGUCAGCGCUUCACAUCUGAAAUUUGGCCAGACACUGUAUUGGAACAAACACUCAUCUGAUAAACACAUGGUUAUUGCUCUUGAUUUCAGCGGUACUAUUACAGCAGUGGGAAAAGAUGUAAGGAAGCUUAGAGUGGGAGACCAUGUUGCUGCCUGUUAUCCUGUGGUGGCAUCUAGUAAAGUCAGAGUCCCAGCGGAUGUGUGCUACAGCACCAAAAGGUUUUCAUUCCUCCAAACAGCACCUUGUGUUUCCUACUUUGUGCUAGCAUGGGAGAUCCUGCAUAGAGCCUUGCCCCAGGCCAAACAUAAUUUAGGGAUCAUGUCCUCUGUGCCCAAUUCUGCUCUGGUGAAAGUCUUAGCACUCACCUCUCAUAAAUCAGGUUGGGAUGUGACUGUUGGCACACAGAUCAAUGGCUAUUUUGUGGAUUCCAAUAAAAUAGAUGCAUUUGUCCUCCUACCUCCAUUUGAUGAAUCUCUGACUGCUAAGGUUUGCAGCUUUCCAGGUGUACAGCAUGUUGUAAUCGUAUGCGAAUCUCAGACGCAAGGUUUGCUCACUCAGGAAAUGUUCCAAAGUGUAAAAGAGAGUGUUCACGUACAGACAAUUCAGAUGCCUGUCAUUUUACAAAGGGGGUCGCUUAGAGUGCAGAGGCCCCACAUUUAUCGCUGGUUGAAAUCAUUGAACCUGGGCAGUAAGUUUGCUCUUGAAAGCUUUACCUUUCAGAGUGGGAACUCUGUAUGCAAGUCACAGUCAUACUUUCACUUAAAGAAACUGGCUGUCGUGGCUCUGGAAAAAGAUGUUAGCAGCGCAUUGUCUGACAUUCCACUACUGCCAGGAAAAAAACAACUUUUCCAAAAAAGAGCAGUGUACAUCGUGGCAGGUGGUCUUUCUGGUCUGGGCUUUGAAACCGUCAAGUUCAUCUCACAAAGGGGUGCUGAGUACGUUGUCAUCCUCUCCAGGAGCAAGGCCAAACCAGAUGUGCUGCAGGAAAUAGCAAAAGUGGAGAAACAGUGUGGAAACAGCAUCACCACCAUGGAGUGUGACGUAUCCGUCUCUGAGCAUGUGCACAAGGUUAUCAGUGUCAUUGGUCAGAAGUUCCCAGCUUGUCCAAUCAGAGGAGUGUUUCACAGUGCGGUUGUGUUGCAUGAUGGGUUGAUUGAGACCCUCAACAAAUCUCUCUAUGAGAAGGUUUUCAGACCCAAAGUUAACGGUGCUGUGAAUUUGCACCAUGCAACACAGCACUGUCAGUUAGAUUACUUUGUGUGUUACUCCUCCAUCUCAGCUUUCCUGGGAAAUGCAUCACAAACAAAUUAUGCAGCAGCGAAUACAUUCCUCGACAUGUUCUGUCAGUACAGGCGUAAACUCGGGCUACCCGGACAGUCUAUUAACUGGGGAGCUCUGAACCUCGGUCUCCUAUUGAACAAAGAACAUUUCCAGCGUUUUCUGGAGGCAAAGGGUAUGAUGGUGUUAGAUGUGGCUGAGAUCCAUAAAAGCUUGGAGCAAUGCCUUCUGCUCAACCAACCUCAGCAAGCCAUUUGCCGGUUUCACUUUAGAAACAUCAGGUACAAUGUCCUCUCUCAAAAUGCAGCGUUGACCAUGCGCCUGUCCGCAUUGGUCCAGGAGGCCUUCCAAAAAUCUAAAGAGGCAGAUUCUGAAACUACACAAACGGACUCUGUGUCACCAAAAGAUUAUGUCUUCUCUCUCCUUAGCGAGACCAUUGGCAUGGACCAGAGUGAGUUGAAAGAAGAGUCGCCUCUUUCAUCUUUAGGCAUCGACUCCAUGCAGGCCAUGACUCUGCAGAAUCUGAUCUUUCAGGGGAGAGGCGUGAACGUGCCUUUGGUGAAAUUGCUGGAUCCCAAUGCCACACUGUCAACUUUGAUAAAUAUACUGAAUGAAGGAUCUAACAUUGAAAAUGUAAACGUCAGUGAAAACAAAGAGUCCCCUCCAAGUGAAGAUGGAGACAAUGUUUCUACCAGACUCUAAAUGCUCCAAAAAAUACUAAAAUAUGCACAUUUCAUAUAUAUUAAUACUGGCGAUUCUGAACAUUUUGUCAUUGGAUUUCAUACAAGAUCUUUGUGAAUUCUUGUUCAUUUAAAGUACUUUAUACUUUUCAAUACUUUAUUACUUUUUAAUACUAUAAUGUCUAAUACUUUUAAAUACUAUUUUGUGUAUAUUUUCAAACAUGUGAUGUUUUACACAGUAUUUUUGUAAUUUAAAAAAAAAAUUAUGUCGGUUUUACUCUCUGGUUAUUGAAAUGUUAAUGAUGACAACAUGAAAACAGUCUUUAAAGUUGACCACAUAACUGUUGACAAUUACUUAUGUAAAAUAACUUCAUUUGUAUCAUUUGCUUACAUUAAAGUCUCUUGAACAUA